AACACAGUCGCAUACCUCAGAUCGUUAUACAGACAACAGCAAUAUGAUACGUUGAUAGCAGUACCAGCAUCAGGCAACUGCGACGAGGAUACCGCCGCGGGGUUAGAUCGGCGAUAAGAUGGCAUCCAGAUAUGAGAGCAGUAGCACCGACGAGGAAGCUCACUUCUCGAGCUCCAGCAGCAACGGCUACACCACCCACAACGACAUUCACACCGACCGCUACCGCGACUCUCCAUCCGAUACCGACGACGAUGAGACGAUUGGACCCGAUGCGCCCCUCCGGCGACGCGCUCCGGCCGACGAUUUCGAUCCUUCACCUGCACGACCGAGACCAUCAUUGCAGAACAAGCUUGGAGAUCGCAUACCGAAGCCGCUGAAGAAAGCAUGGGCGGCGACAGUGACGUGGGUCAAAGGCCCUGAUCCGCCGAGGAUAUAUACUAUCAAACCGUUCUUUCCCAGUUUCCAGCAUUUGCCCAUCAACUUGCUGGACCGCUACACACCGAAGAGAAUACAUCGAUUCUGGUUGCUAGUAGGCGCAAUCGCUUCAUGGCUCCUAGUGUUCUCUUUGCUGCUACAUAGGUCAGCAUUCGCUGCCCAAAUUCCCGGUUACGGUACACCGAUCAGAUUGAGCUGCGCAGCAAGAUAUUGGGGAGACGACAAUCGAUGCGGACUCAAUGGCAACCUUUGCAGGCCCUUCUCAAAUGCGAGUCUCGCGUUCAGGUGUCCCGCGGAUUGCCACAAGGUGUUGACACAAGGCCAUGCCGUUGGUGAUCAAAUGGUUACUUACAAACCUUUGGUCAUUGGCGGACCAAAAGAGGAGCAGACGGGGUUCGAAGAUGGAAUUGUGGAUAACGCCAUCUACCGCGGCGACAGCUUCAUUUGCGCUUCUGCGGUGCACGCCGGUUUCAUUCGCGACAUCGAGGGCGGAUGCGGUGUACUCACUUUGACUGGCGAGCAAUCCAUACUCCCUUCCGUGAAUCGAAACAGCAUUGAAAGUACUGGCUUUGCGAGCUAUUUCCCGCACACAUUCGGCUUCCUGUCUGGCACAAGGACGCAAUGCAAGGAUUUGCGCUGGCCAGCGCUAGCCCCCACUUUGAUAUUCACGAUUCUGGUCUCGCUCUUCACGACAGACCCCGCUGUCCACUUCUGGAGCAUAUUUGUGGCUCUUUUCUUCCACGUUGCGUUGGUUUCUGACCCGCCUGCAAAUACGACCUACUACGGUCUCCUCAGUAUCGCAUUUGGACGUUUCUUGCCCGCUUGCUUCUGUGCAUAUGUUACGUACAGAUUUACGAGCAAGAGAAGCUUGACAGGACUGACAGCGCAGGUCGAAAAGACCAUUCUUUGGCUAGGACCAGCUUGGGUGGGCAGUUUGAACAACUACACAUUCGACAGGAUCCCGAUUCAACGAUUGACCCCUCACGAUCUCAAAGCACAGCCGGGAGCUGUGCCUGCUUUGAUUACAAUUGUUCUUGCUAUAUUCUUCAUUGCUUUAGGACAAGCUUGGGCAUUCCGCGUGGAAGGACGAAUGCCGCGCUACCUAGCGAUCUAUGGAUCCAUGGUCGCGGCACUACUCAUAUUUCUGGCCAUCCCAGGACUCAGUCUGCGAAUUCACCACUACAUUUUGGCACUUCUGUUACUGCCUGGAACAAGCUUCCAGAAUCGCCCAAGUUUGAUCUACCAAGGACUUCUCCUGGGUCUAUUCAUCAACGGAGUGGCAAGAUGGGGUUUCGCGUCCAUCGUGGAGCUGCCAGCAGAAUUACUACAAGGUACUGCUCAACAUUCUUUGCUCCCGGCCAUCAGUGCAUUGGCAAUCGGAGCGAAGAAUAUCACCUUCAACAUGGGCUCUCUUCCAAUAUUCGAUGAAAAACUCGGUAUCACUUAUGAUGGUGUCUCAGUCCUCGUCAACGACGUUGAGCGCUUCCGCGGAUUUCGAGACGAUUCAUCGUAUUGGGAUGGUGAUGGUCUAGUCGGAACUGGCAACUACACUUGGACAUGGAAACGCCAUCAUCUGGGGAGAAGUGAGCCCGGAAUGCUGCCUAUCGCGUCAAGCUCUGAUAUCGAUGAUUUUGCGGAAGAAGGUGCUGGGAUACGUGAGUCCGACUCGCAGAGCGCAGUUCCAGAAUAUUUCAGAUUCGCAUAUAUGUCUGGCAGCAGGACCGCCGACUUUACAAAAGCUGGAACCUGGACAGCAGAUGGUGAUUGGAUACCCAUGAAAGAUGGCACGAGCGAGCCACAAUAAAGCUCAUUCGAAGCGAGCAAUGUACGUUGUACGAGAAUCACGGCAGAAUCAAGAUGAGAUGAUCUACGAGGCUCAUGUCUUCGAUGUACAUACUGAACAUACAUACUAUCGCAC